UUCCAUGUACCGUCUGGCUGUCAAAUAUAAAUUUUUUUGCACCAAUUGCUGCCGGGAACACGUUGCAGUUUUGUUUAAUCGCUCAGGUUUUAUUUUAUUAUCGGGCAAUUGAAUAUAUUUAUUGUAUUUCAAUAAACGAAAUUGUGCGUUAAAAGCAUGGCAAAUGUCGAAAGAAAGGGCACCUUCAAGGUGGAAUAUCUCCAGCAAAUCGAGCGUGAGAUGCAACAGCGUUGGGAAAAUGAGCAUGUGCAUGAAACGGAUGCGCCAAUAGAGCCACGCAAAAGUCUGGAUGAAAAAUUUUUUGUAACAUUUCCUUUUCCCUAUAUGAAUGGACGGCUACAUUUGGGUCAUACAUUCUCGCUCUCGAAGGCAGAAUUUGCUGUACGGUAUCAUCGGCUGAAAGGAAGGCGUGUACUAUGGCCAUUCGGCUUUCACUGUACUGGUAUGCCCAUCAAAGCAUGUGCGGACAAGUUAAAACGUGAAAUGGAGGAUUUUGGUUACCCACCAAAGUUUCCAACCGAUGAUACACCAGCUGAAAUUGAGGAACCCACACAAGGCGAUAUACCUAAAGAUAAAUCGAAAGGUAAAAAGAGCAAGGCAGUGGCCAAAACAGCAGCAGCAAAAUAUCAAUGGCAGAUUAUGCAGAGUCUAAGAUUGACUGAUGAGGAGAUUAAGUGUUUUGCUGACACCGAACAUUGGUUAAACUAUUUUCCGCCUUUGGCCAUUAAGGAUCUCAAAAAUUUGGGAAUACAUGUGGAUUUUAGACGCACAUUCAUCACGACUGAUGCAAAUCCUUUCUUCGAUUCUUUUGUACGCUGGCAGUUCUUGCAUUUGAAAAAUCGCGGAAAAAUCAUGUAUGGCAAACGUUACACUAUUUAUUCGCCAAAAGAUGGCCAACCUUGCAUGGAUCAUGAUCGCUCAAGCGGUGAGGGUGUAGGUCCGCAAGAAUAUACUUUGAUUAAGAUGAAAGUGCUUGAAAAGCCAGCCAAACUUAGUGCUGUGAAUGAGCCCAUCUAUAUGGUGGCUGCCACAUUGCGUCCCGAAACUAUGUAUGGGCAAACCAACUGCUGGCUGCAUCCCGACAUCAAGUACAUUGCCUGGCAAGUUUCACGCACAAAUGAAGUGUGGAUUAGCACACGUCGUGCCGCACGUAAUAUGUCCUACCAAGGUUUCACCGCCGAAGAAGGUAAGGUUGUAGAGAUCGCUGAGCUGACUGGCCAGGAACUGCUAGGCACACCACUGUCUGCACCUAUGACAUCACAUAAAGUCAUCUAUACACUGCCAAUGCUAUCGAUUAAAGAGGACAAAGGCACUGGUGUGGUAACAUCCGUGCCUUCUGAUUCACCUGACGAUUAUGCUGCUUUGGUGGAUUUACAGAAGAAGGAAGCAUUCCGCCAAAAGUACGGUAUCACCGAUGAGAUGGUGCUGCCUUAUGAGCCAGUGCCGAUCAUAGAGGUGCCCACUUUGGGUAAAACAUGCGCCGUCUAUGCCUAUGAAAAACUGAAGAUACAAUCGCAAAACGACAAAGACAAGUUGGCUGAGGCGAAGGAGCUUUGCUAUUUGAAAGGUUUCUACGAUGGCGUGCUUUUGGUGGGCGAGUUUGCCGGACGCAAAGUCCAAGAUAUUAAAAAAGAUUUGCAGAAGAAGCUUGUGGCUGCAAAUGAAGCUGAAAUCUAUUACGAACCCGAGAAAACCAUUAUUUCGCGUUCUGGCGAUCAGUGCGUCGUUGCGCUUUGCAAUCAAUGGUACCUGAAUUACGGUGAACCCGAAUGGCAGGCGCAAACCAAGAAAAAUCUCAACAAAAUGGAAGUUUACCACGAAGAGGCACGCAAUAAUUUCGAAGCUUGCUUGAAUUGGUUGCACGAGUACGCCUGCUCGCGCACAUAUGGAUUGGGCACCAAGCUGCCCUGGGAUCAACAAUGGCUUAUUGAAUCGCUUUCCGACUCCACCAUUUAUAUGGCAUUCUACACGGUUGUGCAUCUGCUGCAAGCCGGUUCGUUUAGAGGCGAGAAGCCGAGUCCUUUAGGCAUCACCGCAAAGGAUAUGACACCCGAAGUGUGGGACUACAUAUUCUUCAGCGAAACCCCCUACACUGAUAAGCUGCCAGUAAAGAAGGACUCGCUUGAUAUAUUGCGUCGUGAAUUCGAGUACUGGUACCCGAUGGAUUUGCGUGUGAGUGGCAAGGAUUUGAUAAACAACCAUCUAACAUUCAUGCUGUACAACCACACCGCCAUUUGGCCCAAUGACGAAGGCAAAUGGCCACUGGGCGUACGUGUCAACGGACAUCUGUUGCUCAAUUCUGCGAAAAUGUCAAAAUCCGAUGGCAACUUCCUCACACUCUACGAAGCUGUUGAGAAAUUCUCAGCCGAUGGCACGCGUCUGUGUCUGGCCGACUCUGGCGAUAGCGUGGAGGAUGCCAACUUCGUCGUGAGCACCGCAGAUGCUGGCAUACUGCGUCUGUACACAUUCAUCGAGUGGGUGAAAGAGAUGUCCGCCACACGUACUCAGCUGCGCAAAGGCGCCGCAGACACCUUCAAUGACAAAGUGUUCAUCAGCGAAAUGAAUUUGAAAACGCGCGAAACCGAUGAGAAUUAUCGCAAAAUGCUCUUCAAGGAAGCCUUACGUACCGGCUUCUAUGAGCUGCAGCUGGCGCGUGACAAAUAUCGUGAGCUGUGCGGUGCACAAGGCAUGCACGAAGACUUGGUGUUCGAGUUCAUACGUCGGCAAGCGCUGCUGGUGGCGCCGAUUUGUCCGCACGUCGCCGAUUAUGUAUGGGGUUUGCUGGGCAAUAAGGAGUCCAUAGUGCAUGCGCGUUGGCCGGAAGUGGGCGCCAUUAAUGAGAUCGAAAUCAAAUGCUCCGAGUAUCUCAUGGAGGCGGCGCACACGUUCCGUCUGAAUUUGAAGAACUUAUUGCAAGUCAAGGGCAAGGGUGGCAAGGAGAAGGCGGUGGAUCCCACAAGCGCGAAACCGAAUGCUGCCUUGAUUUGGGUAGCCAAAACAUAUCCGCCAUGGCAAUGUUGUGUGCUCGAUACACUGCGCGAAAUGUACACUAAAGAAGGCAAGUUCCCGGAAAAUAAAGUCAUCGCGUCGACGCUGCAACAGAAGGAGCAGCUGAAGAAAUUCAUGAAGCGCGUAAUGCCCUUCGCGCAAAUGAUACGCGAGAAGGUGGAGAGCGGCAAGGGCGUUGAGGCGCUCGCCGUCAACUUGGAGUUCGACGAACGCCAGGUGCUGCUCAACAAUCUCGACUACCUGAGAAAUACAUUGGAUGUUGUUAACAUUGAGGUGAAAUACACGGAUGAUCCAGCAGCGCCCGAAAAAACACGUGAGGAGGUGCGUCCCGGCUCGCCUUUCAUCGCUUUCAUCAUCGCACCGAAUGUGGCGGUGGAAUUGAUCAAUCCAAUUGAGCGUUCCGGUUUGUUUGAAGUGAAUACCGUUAUAAGUGAAGGCGAGACAGUGAAGCAAUUGACCGAAAAACUGGCGAAGAAAAUAAAUUUCAAAGCUGAUUUGUCAACACUGAAACUCUGGCGUUAUAUUGAUCCAGUGCUCGGACCACGCCAAAUUCCCGCUUUUCAAGAUUACCAAAAAGGCAAAACUCCACUCACAGACGGUACAUUCACCCUAGAUGUGGAGAAGAAGCUGGUUUCCUUGAAAGUCGAAGACAAAGUUAUCGAAGUCGGUAGACACUUUAUCUAUGUCGUGGAUUAACUGCUGAUUGUUACAACACAAAGCAAGCAACAUGAAUUUGUUUAAUGUAGACGUGCUUUAAUUUAUCUAAUUUAUAUGCAUCCAUAAUUAUUUUAAAACAAUGAAAUUUUUUAUUUUUUUUUCUUUGCUUUCUGCGAAGCGCUAAACGGAAUGGAUUUUGAAUUUGAAGCAAAUAAACAGCUCUUGCAGCUACAAAAUGAA